GGGAGGAGCCGCGGAGCACGUUGGGAGCAGGUGGGACGCGCUACGGUUUUUUUUUUUCCUCCCUUGGGGGAAGGGACGGAAGGGACGCUCUAGGUUAGGGCAGUUGGGCAAGAGCUGGCAGAAACUGAGAACGCGUGAAAUGGGAUGUUGCGGGAGGAGAGUAGAAAUCAGUAUGACUCUUUCCCUUUAAAUCUCAUACCGAUUGGAAAGAGGCCGGAAGUUGCAUCGUGGUUGAGUAACUUCUCCGCCUUGGAAAAGCGAUGUCCUGACCCCUUUCAGGGAAUCUAGGGAAGAAUCCCCGGUGCACAGCGCAACGAUGGCUCGCUGGGCCAAGCCCAUACCCAGGCCUUUUCUUCUGAACUUCUGGCAUAUUCUUUGACUUGCGCACAUGUCCGGCACCCCUAACGCGGUCUUGUGUUCCAUCGGUGCUUUAUAAAGGCGGAGACAGUGUGAUAUAACAAACUUGCACGAGAAGAGGUGCCCAACAAGCCUUAAUUAAGUGAAUAAGUUUUCGAAUGAUUUUUAAACACUUGGUUUGAUGAAUGCUGACUCCUAGACCUUGGACAUGCAGCAGUGGACAAACAAACGAAUCUAUGCUGCCUUGGAGCUGCUUGCAGUAUCUCCCACAUGGCUGUGGAGGAAGCCACCAUCACUGUUCGCCUCAUCCGUUCAUUUGAGCAUCGGAAUUUCAAACCCGUGGUAUAUCAUGGAGUUAACUUGCAUCAAACUGUAAAAGAAUUUAUAAUAUUUCUAAAGCAAGAUGUCCCUUUGAGGACCAGCCUGCCACCGCCCCUCAGAAAUUACAAAUACGAUACACUGAAGAUUCUUCAUCAAGCCCACAAAGCAAAGCCAGUGAAACUGAAAUUGCAUUCUUCUGUGGAGAAGAUUAUACGAGAUACAAAGCUAAUCCCAUCUCGUCCUGGUGAGAGUGUCUGGUUACACCUUUGCAUACCUUUAUUCCACAAGAGAUUUUUUUUAAUUGUCAAAUAAAUCUU